AUGGCUGCUAAAUUAAGUCUAUUUAACAAUGUAUAUGUAUCAAUGAGAAAAAUUAAUGGUUGGGAUAACAUCAAAAACACUUUUAGUAAAUUUCCUUGGAUCAAUGUUGAUAGAUAUGCAGAUAUUUUAAUCAUUAAUUCAAGUUUAACAACAAUCAAAAAUGACAAUCAUGAUGAUAUUUGUUUAAUAUGUCAGCUUCCAAGAUUAAAUUGUAUCAACAACAUCAAACAUCUACAACUAAUUCAAUAUCAAGCUAUGCUGUAUGCUUUAGAUUUAACUCCAGAUUUACUUAUCAAAGACUUUAAAUAUAAUCCACUAAUUUAUGAUGAAGAAGACUUUGUUCUUAAUUAUAGGUCGAAUAUUGAAUUGUUCAAAUCUAGUAAUGAUAUGGAUGGUAUUGAUUUAAAUAAGUUUACUGGUUUGGUUCAAAAUUUAACUGAUAAAGAUAUACAUCCGUUGUCUAUUUUAGCAAAACAUUUGGAUCAAGAAAUUAUUAAAUUGCAAAGAAUUGAACACAUUAGCUCAUUAUUUGAAUCAUUUGAAAUGUUUGGUGAGUUAUUUGGUAUUGAUGGGAUAUAA